AUGGCAGACCCUGACUAUACAUCAAAUCUUCGCCUGAUUCGCGACUUCUGGGGCGAGUUCCGGUCUGUGCAGCGCCAGCAGAGGCCUGGCCGAGUCCCACGUCUCAUCCUGCACACCGCACGCGCCUUCCUGGCCGUGUUGGGUCGCUUCCCCAACAAGAAGCUAUCCUCUUGGCCCAUGUACCGACCGAUCAACUGGCUCCUCCUGUGCAACCAGACGCUGAUGUUCAUUGCCAUGGCCAGUGGUGUGCACGAGUCCUCGAACAUCAUCGACAUGGGCGACGACUUGGUGUGGCUCACAGGGGUACUUCUGAUCUGGACCAAAUCAUUUUCCGUUCAUGUGCGCGCCACUGAAAUUGACGAGGUCAUAAGGGAUUUUUCGUACUACGACGAAGUGGUGAGGCCGGUCCACGAUGACGAUGAAAUAUUGAAAUGGCAGCGCUACUCGUACAUGGGAGAGGCGUACUUGGGCAUCACCACCUUCAUACUCGUGAACCUGUUCAGCCUGGCCAUUUGCUUGCAGCCGCUGCUGGGCGAGGGCCGACUGCCGUACCACGCGUUCCUGCCGUUUGGCUGGCAUCGCCAGGACCUUCAUCCGUGGGCGCACUGGGCUGUCUACCUAUGGCUGGGCGCCACUUCGCACCACAACUUGGCCACCAUUCUGUUUGUGGAUAUCUUAGGCAUCAGCACAGUCGUCCAGACCGCCCUCAAUCUCAGGCUGCUCGGCAUUGAGCUCCGAAAGCUGGGCGAUCUGCAGUCCAUUAGCGAUUACCAGUUCCACGUGGAGUUCCGUCGGGUGGUUCGCUACCACCAGCACAUUAUCAGCCUGGUGAAGAAGAGCAAUCGCGCGUUCUAUGCCACCUUCAUUGCCCAGAUGAUAGCCAGCUUUGCCAUGAUCUCGAUCUCCACCUUCGAGACAAUGGUAGCCGCUCAAGGUGAUUUCAAGAUGGCCCUGAAAUUCGUGCUCUUUGCCAUCAUCGUCUUCGUCCAGUUGUCCGCUUGGUGCGUGGCCGGAAGCUUCGUCCUCCAUUCGUCCACGGAGGUCGCCCAGGCGGCGUUCGAAAUCUCCGACUGGCACACAAAGUCCGUGUACAUUCAGCGCGACAUCGGCUUUGUCAUCCUACGCGCCCAAAAGCCCUUAGUCUAUGUGGCCCGGCCGUUCAUGCCCCUCACUCUGGGCACCUACAUGAUUGUGCUCAAGCAGUGCUAUAGACUGCUCGCCCUGCUGCGCGAGUCCAUGUAGUGCACUGA